AUGACGACGGAAGAGGCUGUAGUUGCCGAGGUCCCGGUGACCGAGGUGAAGGCUGAGGCACCGGCGGCCCAGGAGGCGGAGAAGGACAAGGCGAAGAAGGCACCGAAGGAGAAGGCGGCGCCGAAGGAGAAGAAGGAUAAGGGGAAGAAGCCGGCGGCGCACCCUCCCUACGCCGAGAUGAUUCUAGAGGCAAUCGCUGCCCUGAAGGAGAGGACCGGGUCGAGCUCGGUGGCCAUAGCCAAGUACGUGGAGGCGAAGCACGGCGGCAAGCUCCCCACCAACUUCCGCAAGCAGCUGACCGUGCAGCUGAAGAAGCUCGCUGCCGCCGGCAAGCUGACGAGGGUGAAGAACUCCUUCAAGCUGCCGCCCCCCCGCCCUGUCACCACCGACGCCAAGCCCAAGGCCGCCGCCAAGCCGAAGGUCGCCAAGACCUCCGCCAAGGCCUCCCCCGCCAAGGCAGCAGCCAAGAAGGCUGCUGCUCCUGCUGCUGCUGCCAAGAAGAAGGCAGUGGCAUCGCCCAAGAAGGCGGCGACCCCGAAGAAGGCCGCUGCCGCUGCUGCUCCGACCAGGAAGGGCGCGGCCAGGAAGGCCAAGAAGUAG